UUUCAGCGUUGUUCUCCUACAAAAUGAGUGAACCGUCAAAUAAUUCCGAGAAGGUGCCUGAUGAGGUACAAGAGAUAAGAGAUAAUAGCGAGGACGAACUGGAAGCGGAAAUUCUGCGAGAGCAACCUGGGCUAACGAUGUCAACUCAUCCCUCAUUCAAUAAAGAGGCGGAAAACACCUUCAACUCCAUUCAGAGGUGUACCACCACGCUGAAGGGGUUUCAAAAGAGCUAUGACGAAUUGAAACUGCAAAGAAAACAAAGUCUUCAAACCAUUCGACAACACGAAGCAGAUAUACAACAACUUGAACAGGGCAUAAGAGUACAUACAGCGGCAUUUCAACUGUUACGAAGACUGCUUAGCGAAAUUAGAAGACCAAACCAAAUUCUGCAAGAGGCACUGCAAGCGCGUCACAUAGAGAUUGAAGCGUUUGAUGAUGAGGCAGAACGGCUCAAUGUAUUAAUUGUAGAAGAGAGAAGGAAUUUGGUCGAACUUCAAGCUGCAAGAAAGAUCAGAAAGAGUUAUCUCAUUGUAUUUCAAAAACAAAUUGCUCAACUCAAAGCAGAGAACAAAGAUGAAGAAGCGACUCCUGCUCAAGAACAAAUGACAAAAAAAUCUCUGAAACGCCGCAGGGAUGAUGAGGAUGACGAGACAGGUCCAAGUGCUCGGAGAGCACCUAAUUCCGUUGGAGCUUUUUGAUGAUGUUUAAAUUCAAUUCCUACACCUUGUUUCUAAUCUGCUUAUCACCAUUUCGCUCAAUUUUAAUAUAGUACACCAAUCUGUUUCCGAGGUCUAACUUUCUCUAUUAUUUUAGUUUAUAAUAUUCUACAACCAAUCUAAAUUGAAUUGUAUCCUCCACUCUAUCUUGUUGAUUUAAUAUCGGUUUCUUGUCUUCUUUGUAUCAUGUCCCCAUCACCUCUAGAAUUCUUUAUGAGUUUAUUUAAUUUUGAAUUUCAUAAACAUUUGGCGGUAGAUCUCU